AUGGCCGAGCCAGUUGCCAAGAAGGCGAAGGUUGCCGAGGCGCAGGACUUCAUCAAGGGGUGGCCGUCCCCGGACCUGCUGACGCAGCCGGAGCUCAAGGAUGCGCUGACCAGCAGCUUUAAGUCCUUCAUCGGCAACACCCAGAUGUUCCUCAACUACGGUGAUGCCCAGAAUGGCGCCUAUAUGCUUGGUACGCCAGUCUUCCGGAAAACGCUGGCUGAGUUCUUGUCCAAGCAGUAUGGCAAAACCGUCGAUUGGAAUUGCAUCAUGAGCACGGGUGGCUCGUCCAUGGGCACGGACAUCUCCAUUCGGAUCCAUUCGGCAGCGGGGGACUACGCUGUGUCCGAAGCGCCUACUUAUUAUCUGGCCCACGAAAUGAUGAGGAACCGGGGCCUCAAUCUCUUGGAGGUUCCCUUGCAGCCGGAUGGCAUGGACCUGGAUGCCUUAGAGAAGGUUCUCAACGGGGAGCACAAGGGCAAGAUCAAGCUUGUGUACACGGUGUGCGUGCAUCACAAUCCGACCGGGAUCACGAUGUGCAACGCAAAGCGUGAGAGAUUGGUGAAGAUGGCCAAGCAGUACGACUUCAAGAUCAUCGCGGACGAAGCGUACCAGCUCCUGAACUUCGCGCCCAGCUCGGCGCUCGAUGUUCUACCACGACGACCCCGCCAACCCCCGCGUCCUCGCGAUCGGCACCUUCUCGAAGCUCAUCGGGCCCGGCGUCAAGGUCGGUUGGGUGCAGGCGCACCCACAGAUUCUGAAGCCGCUGAUCAGCAUUGGUUUCAUCGACUCCGGCAACAAUCCUGCCAUCAUGUCGUCUGGUCUGCUCAACGAGUUCAUCGCCUCUGGAGACCCCUGGCCAAGCACAUCGAGACCGUCUCCAAGAAGUUGGGCGCGAAGAAGGACCUCCUGGUCUCCGAGCUGAAGAAGAUCGGCCUGGAGCCGAACGACCCCAAGGGCGGCUAUUUCGUCUGGGUGAAGAGCAAGGGGAAGAUGACUGGGCGGAGCGGCAAGGGUAUGAGCCUGAACCCGCCUGACGCUUACGCGGACUACAUGCGUCUGUGCUUUGCGUGGCUCAGCGAGGAGCAGAUCCGCGAGGGCGUGGAGUUCCUGAAGCAGUAG